AAUUAAUUUUUCUUUAAUGCUGAUUUUCCUUUUUUUAUAUAUAUAUAUAUUUUUUGUGUAUAUUUUGCUGAAUUUCCAAUUUAUGUUGAAAUAAAGAAAAGUAGAAAAAUUAUAAAAAAUUAAAAGAAAAAGCAGAAGGAAAAACAUUAAAAAAGAUUGUUUAGUGUAUUUAUAGUGCAUUUGAUAGUGUAAAAUUACCAAGUUGUGUAAAUACAUGUAUAACAUGCAUAUGCGCAUGCAUGCACGAGUUGUUACAAACGGAGAGAAGAGAUGCAUACAUAUGUCAAUUUUUUUAAGCAAGUCAAAUUAAAUUUAUAAUUAUAUUUAAUUUGUGUAAAUGAAAUGAGUGAAUAUUAUUUUAAAGAAUUAAUUAAAUUAAAAAUAAACUUAUUUAAUUUUUGUUUAUUCAUUUUGUUUUUAUUUUAAAUAAAUUUUAUAAGUAUGAAUUGGAAAAAAAAAAACAAUGUAUGAGUGAGAAGGAAAAAUAAAAGUGCUCAUUCUCAAUUGUGAUGUCAAUAAAUUAAAACAAGAACGAAAAAUAUACUCAAUUCAGUAACAAAAAAACAAUUCAAUUAGGAGGAAGACUAUGGUUAUAAUUUUUAUUAACUACAUUUUAUAAUUAGACAAAAUUAAUUAAAAAUUGUUUAUUUAUAUUACCGGUUAUCGUAGUUGCUGAAUAUUUUAUUAGUUUUAUUGAAAUUUAACUUUUUUUAAGUGUGUUCUGUAAUUAAAACAAGAAAAAAAACAAAAACAUUUUAAAAACAAACCAAACAAUGAAAAAUUUGUUUUGAGUGAAUAAUGAAUAAUAAAUGAGUGAAAUUUUUUACUCUCUUCUUUCAGUUUAAAUUUAUUAAUUUUAUUGUUUUAUAUAUUCACCGUUAUCCGAUAAGGAACAUACCAAAAUUAUAACAACAAUGAAAUUUUCGUAAAUUUUAACAAAAGCAACAACAAUAAGUGAAAUGAAUUCAUAUGAUCAUAAUAGAAACGAAAAAUAUAAAAAAAAAUACACAAAAAUCAACGAAGAGUGAAAAGUUAACGGAAUCAGUUUACAAUCAAAGUUUUAACAAUUAACAUUAAAAAAAAACUACUAGCAAAUAUAUUAGUUUAUUUUUUUUUUCAAAAAUUUUCGAAUAAAGAGUUUUGUUAUACAAAAUAUUUAAAAAAAAAAUAAAAAUAAAUAAAAAAAAAUAAAAGUAGUAUAUGUAGUGAAAAAUUGAAUUUUUUAAUAAAUCAAAAAAUAAUUUGUAAUAAAAAUUCUAUUAGAACAAUGGCAAAAGAUAUGUGAUGACUCAAGUGAAAACCAGUCAGAUCAAAAGCAAUUCUUCAAAUCAUAAAAAAACCCAAUAAACUUAAAAAAAUAUAAGAAAAAAGUGAAUAAACUCGAAUUUAGUUAAGAAAAAUAAAGAUCUAACUUCUAGUUAAAUUAAAAGUGAAGUUUCAACUUUGAUAGACUGUAAGAAUACUCAGUUGACUGUACAAUCAUUUUACGAACGGGAAAGAAAACAAAGAGAAAAACUGAAUAAAAAAAUAAACAUUUUUUUAAUAACUCAAUCAUUUUUUUUUUUACGAACAUUAAAAAAGAAACAAAAAUAACCAUUAAAAAUGGAUUUAACAGAGACAAUCAAUAAAUCAAAGGAUGUUGAAUUCCAAGAUAUUUAUUAUAGUGUUAGUGAAAGAAAAAAUAAUUUAAAUAUAAUAAAACAAGCUGCAACACGUAAUAUUUUAAAAGGAGUUAGUGGAGUCUUUCGUAAUGGACAAUUUACAGCAAUAAUGGGUCAAUCUGGUGCUGGUAAAAGUUCUUUAUUAAAUGCGAUAUCUGGAUUUACAACAUCCGGUGUCACUGGUCAUAUAAAAAUUAAUCGUAAGAAUUCGUGUUAUAUUACACAAGAAGAUCAUCAUCAAACAUUAUUAACUGUUGAAGAAUUAAUGCAUAUAUCAUGUGCAUUAAAAUUAAAUACACCACGUAAUACACAUAAACAAGUUAUAACAGAAAUAUUAGAAAAUUUAAGUUUAAAUCAUAGACGUGAUGUUACAGCUGAUUUAUUAAGUGGUGGUGAAAGAAAACGUUUAUCAAUUGCAUUAGAAUUAGUAUCAGAUCCAAAAAUAUUUUUUUUAGAUGAACCAACUAGCGGUUUAGAUGAAGUAACAGCUGCCCAAUGUUGUCGUCUAUUAAAAAUGAUGGCAAAACAAGGACGUACAAUUGUAUGUACAAUACAUCAACCAUCAUCAACAAUAUUUUCAUUAUUUGAUUCAGUAUUUAUAUUAGGUAAAGGAUUAUGUGUUUAUCAAGGUGGACCAAAUUCAAUAAUAUCAUUUUUAUCACAAAUCAAUUUAAUAUGUCCAAAAACAUAUAGUCCAUUAGAUUAUAUUAUUGAAAUAUGUGAUUCAGAUGAUGGUAUGUAUAUACCAAAAUUAGCUGAAUUAACACAAAAUGGUAAAUUAAUAUAUUGUACAAAAGAAUUGCCAGCAACUGUAUCAUCAGAAAUUGAAAUUGGUAUACAAAAUAAUGAUGAUUUAAUACCAAUGGUUGAAUAUAAAAAUGCUGUAACAACAUUAUUUAUUGAACAACAACAAUCGAAUAGACCAAAAACAUUCAAUUGCUUUUAUCAUACAAGUGUAUUAUUUGAAAAAAUGAAAUCAUUAACAAAAUGGAUGAGACCAGAUUAUACGCAUCCGAUAUCAUCAUUUAAACAAUUUGGUAUAUUAUAUACAGCGAUGAUGACAAAAAUAUUAAGAAAUCGUAUUGCACUUUGGAUACAAUUAAUUCAUCAUAUUAUGUGUGGUCUAUUCUUUGGUAUGAUAUUUUAUAAUGCAAAUAAUCAAGGUGAACGUAUGUUUGAUCAUUUAAAAUUUUGUAUUGGCUGUGUAUUAGUAAUAUGUUAUACACAAGUAAUGGUACCUGUACUUAGUUUUCCAUUUGAAGUGAAAUUAGUUAAAAAAGAAUUUUUUAAUCGUUGGUAUACUUUACCACCAUAUUAUGUUGCAUUAAAUUUAUCAAGGAUACCAUUUCAAUUAUUAUUUAAUAUGAUAUUUUUAACAUUAACAUAUUGGAUGGCUGGUUUACCAAAUCAAAUAUGGAGAUUUUUUAUAUAUUCUGGUGUUGGUAUUAUAACAAGUUUUGUUGCUGAAGGUAUGGGUUUAUUUAUUGGAGCAACAUGUAAAGUAACAAAUGGUGCUGUUGUUGCACCAUUAACUAUUGCACCAUUAUUAGGUUUAGCAAUAUAUGGUUUUGAUUUUGCAGCAUCAAUACCAGCUGUAUUAAAUUUAAUUAUGAAAUUUUCAUAUAUACGUGUAUCAGUUGUUGCAUUUGUAUUAAUUGUAUUUGGUUUCGAUCGUCCAAAUUUAGAUUGUAAUGAUAUUUAUUGUCAUUUUGGUGAUCCAAAAGUUCUAUUAAGAUUUUUAGAUAUUGAACAUGUAUCAAUAUGGACACAAUUUGGUUUAUUAACAUUAUUAAUGGUAUUCUUUAGAACAUUAUUAUUUAUAAGUUUAAAGAAACGUUGUCGUACAUAAUUAUUUUAUAUUAAUUAAUUAACGAGAAUUUUAAUGAUAACGAAGUAAUUGAGGGAAAAAAAAAUUAUAUAAAUUUUUCUUUUAGUUAAGAAUAAUUUAUAUUUUUUUUUUUAUUUUCAUUAAUAAUUUUAUUAAAUGCAUAUCAAAUAUUUUAUAGGUAUAUUUAAUAUUAAUUAUACAAUAUUAAAAUAAAUAUGUAUUAUUAUGCGAAAAUAGAAGACAAUAUUAUUGUAAGAUGUAAGAAAACUCUAAAUAGAAAAAAGAAAUUAUGAAUUUUGUAUAUGAAAGCAACCAUCAUUAAAUGUAAUUGAAAUUUUAAAAUGUAACAAAAUUGUGAAUAAUGAAUACUCUAAAAUAUAUAUUUAGGAUACCCUGACAUUAAAAUAAAACGACAAAAUCUACUUUGUUACGCAUUAUAGCUACUCUCGACUAGAUUAAAUGAGUAACAAUUUGCAAAAAGAAAACAAUUUUAAUACUAAGUAAUUAAAUAAUUUUUUUAGUAUAAAUUUUAUUUGUUAUAUUAUUCACAUACCAUGUAAUUUGUUAGCAAUUAAAAUUAUAAAAUUAAAAUACUAAUUAUAUACAAUUAAAAUUAAAACAAAAUUCUGAUGAUUCGAAUAUUUUCGAUUUGAUAUUAAUUUUAAAUUUAGAACUAAGUGAUAUUUUUUAUUUUUUUUUUAAGAUAUUAAAUUUAAAAUAAAUAUUUUUAGUUUAACAAAUAAGUUUUAAUUACAAGAAUAGGUUUAAAAUUACAUAACAUAAAUAGUUAAAUUUAAU